AUGAAUCGUUUAAUGUCCUUCACUCUGCUUGUGUGUCUGAUACUCAUUGGACUUCCAGAGAAACAAGCACACCUACAAUCUCGUCAUGGUCUUGUCACCUAUGACGUUCCUUUCACUUGUUGGAAAUGUAAAUGCCAUCUUGCUCUGCUUGGUGACUUGCAAUUCCGAGGCAAUAGAUAUGCAAGGCCACCGACAGAUAUUUGUCCAACAUGUGAAUGCGUAA